AUGUAUAGAACAGUGAAGGGAACCACAGACAGAACAUGUGCUGAAGGCCAUGCACAGAUGAGAGAUAUGGGCUUUCUGAGGAGAGGAGGUGGUGAAGUGGAUGCUUUUGAUGUGCUUGGCAACGCUUCUUCCAUUGCAAUCACCAAUAUUAGGUGGAGGCAGACUGCAGCAGCCGGGUCGCCGGGUGACCACCGGGAGAUGAUGAGCGGUGCGUGGUGGCAGUCGCCGUUCGUCGGCCAGCAGCAGCAAAUUAGCACCUGUGGUGGGCUGCCUCUCAUGCCUUGCCCCUACAAUAUCGUACCGGCUCACCACUACCUCAUCAAACAAAACCAGAUGACGCAGGGUUGGAGAGGAGGGCAGGCGGUACAGCAAGACGAUGCUGCAGUGAUCCAUAGCUGCAGCCUGGGGAUGAUCAAGGACAAGGGACAGCAGCGGCGUCUGCCUGCAGCUGCAGGCGGCCAUGAUGACGAGACGGCCAGGAUGAUGAGAUCGUCAUCGGUUUCAGGUUUCGCUAGGGCGCCUGCUGCAGGCUGGGCGCCGACGACGUGGUCGCCGCCGCCGCCGCCGACCCCACAGGCGACGGCGUCGUCGGCGUCGACGGCGAUGAGCGUCGCCGCAGCGCGCAUGAAGCAGCAGCAGCCGGCGCCAUCAAGGGUGCCAAGCCUGGAGAUCAGCCUCGGGAGGCAGGGGUGGCAAAGCAGCAGCAGCAGCAGCAGCAGAAGCAGCUUGGGCCGACGUCAGCGACAGCGCAGCGUUGAGUCCUCGUCGUCAAAGGAACUAACCUUACUAAAAUGCUUGUGAGAUCUUAGUAAUUAAUUAAGUAUAGUAGUAGCACGUAGGUUAAGUAGUGUUAAUUAUUAAUCUCAUCAGGAAUUAAUCAAA